AUGUCCAAAGCCCAGUAUAAGAAAAGUCUUAAACUAUCUCUAAAUGAACUUAAGACUCCUAAAGGAAGAACUCCAGAAGAUAGAAUGAAAUCAAUCAAAGUGAAAUUACCCCAAGAUAUCAUUAAAUGUGCCGCUAAGACUGAAAAGGCUAUGAAAGCCAUGGAGAAGCACAAUACGAUUAUCUUUGUCUGUGAUCUUAAGGCUACUAAGCCAGAGAUUAAGGAGGCCAUUCAAAAGCUCUACUCUGUAAAGCCAAAGAAGGUUAACACUGCUAUUACCUUUAAGGGGGAGAAAAGGGCCUAUGCUAUCUUUGGUGCCGAGCACAGUGCUAUUGAGAUUGCUUCAGCUGCCGAUAUUCUUUAA